AAGCGUACGGGUGGAAUUCUCAUCUGGUCCCAAGAGCCUCGCGAGACUUGCUCGUCGCCGUUCUUCCCGAGGGCGUUACCGGGGCCGAUCAGUGGGGUCCGGGUGCCCGGGAUAGGGGCGGAGCUGGGAGAUGGUGUCCGGAGCGGCUCGUUGGCUGGCUUUGGCCACCGUCCGAUCCGGGGCUCUCUGGAGCGGGCCGAGCUUGAAGAAAGGUGGCGAUGUCUCCGCCGUACGAGGCGGCUCAGGUCAGAGCCUAGUACCGUCGAGGUCAGUCAUCGUAACCCGCAGCGGCGCCAUUUUGCCCAAACCGGUGAAAAUGUCCUUUGGCCUUCUCCGGGUGUUCUCCAUUGUGAUCCCCUUCCUCUAUGUCGGGACACUCAUUAGCAAGAACUUUGCCGCUCUGCUUGAGGAGCAUGACAUUUUUGUCCCGGAGGAUGAUGAUGAUGACGACUAAACAGGGCAUGGAGGAAGUACAGAAAGGAGAAAAUGCUAACUUAAUUAAGUAAUGGUGAUGCUCUCAGCCUCUCCUCCUUCCCUCUCAGCACAAGGACCCAGGGAAAGCCCUCAGCCUCCCUCGCUCCAUGAAGCCUCCCGCAUGGUUCAUGACCAUCGCCCAGAUCCCCAGGCUCUGGGAGGUUUUCUGUGAAGUGCCAUGCACUGAGCACCAGAAAACGAGCGAUCCAAUUAUGAAUAAACAUAAUAAAUAUCAGCUGUCCUGUACGACUGAAUGAUAGGCACUUAGUAUUUCUGUGGCUGAAGCGUCUCAAUAUGAGCAGGCUCUAGAGGGCAGUUUCAUGUCUCUGCUGUCCUUUCUCUUAUCAGCUGAACAUAUGGGCCACUGAUUUACAGCCCAGGAUCUCCAGACCCCUGUGGGUCAGAUCAGGAGCACAUUAACCUAUAAGCAUGGUAUGCACAGGCUUACUUGUAUUUACUUACUAAUCUGUAGUGAACAAUUUCAGUGAAAACCAGGUGAGAUUUUGCACUACAGAUUAGUAAAUAAGCACAAGUAAGCCUGUGCAUACCUUGCUUAUUGGGUAAUCUGUCCCUGGGUCAGAUCCACAAAGGUAGUUACGGGGCCUGGGACCUGUUUUCAUUAUUUACAAAAGCCCAACAGAAACUGUUUCUUUUCCCUCCUAAAGCUGCACAGGCUAACUAAAGCUUCAAGCUUUCUUUGUGUUCAGUGACACUGGCUGGUUAUCCCAUGCCAAUCAUCCAGAGCUUUGUUAGUUCAAAACUACUUAAGAAAUGUCAUUAUUAGAGUGAUUCUUUCAAAACUUGGGUUCCUUACGUGAAGACAGUAAAAGGAGUCCUUAGUGCUGAAAAGUUGGGGACUUUUGUACCUUUAGAUCCUGUACCCCUUUCUCCAGCUGUCUAGGGAAGGAACAGAGAAGACUCAUGCAAAGCAAACAGGUCAUUUCUUCAGCCUGGGCCAACAUUUAUUCUCCUGUCACUACAACAGAGUUUGCAAAAACAGGAGGAAUAUUUCUGUUCUCUGUGUGCACAGAACAGCUGUGUCCCUAGCAGGGUGCCUAACUGAGU